AUGCCUACCAUCCCCACCGAUCCUGCCAACUUCCCAUCGCUGGAAAGCCAGAAGGAAGGCCAGAAGGGAGCGGAUGACAAGCCCAAGCCAACUGCGCAGGACUUUCAGUCGAAGGGACCUCAGAUCCCAGACAAUCCUCGAUUCGCGACGACGACCAUUCCUUCUCGCGUCAAGAGACCCCUCAUGCCGCCGGAACGCACCAAUGUCCCGGUGAAGUUGUCUCUGCCGUUGCAAUACCAGCAGGACAUCUUCACCGAACUGCGCUCGGAGGAUGAGUUGGUCAUCCUCGCCCGUGGCCUCGGGCUUUUGCGGCUAGUAACGAAUCUGCUUCACUUUUACGAUGCCGCUGGAAAUAACCUCGUUUUGGUGGUGGGAGCAGAUGAUAGAGAGAAUGAAUGGAUCGGUGAAGCCUUGGCGGAACACCAUGCCAUUAGCAAGACCCCCCUUGCUAGGGGUCUCAAGAUGAUUAAUACUGAAAGAGCCUCGGUCUCUAUGCGAGAGAAGAUCUAUGCUGGAGGCGGUAUCCUGAGUGUGACAUCCAGAAUACUGGUCGUAGAUCUCUUAUCGAAACUCCUUGAUCCCGAGAAAAUUACCGGAAUGGUUGUUCUUCACGCUGACAAGAUCGUGGCAACAUCAACCGAGGCUUUUAUCAUCCGAAUCUUCCGACAGCUGAACAAGCAAGGAUUCCUCAAAGCCUUCUCGGAUUCCCCCGAGCCAUUCACAACAGGAUUCGCGCCUUUGGCAAACUCCAUGCGCAACCUCUUUCUUCGCAAAGCCUCCCUAUGGCCUCGCUUUCAUGUCACAGUCGCCGAAUCCCUCGAAGGGCACCGGAAAGCAGAAGUCAUUGAGCUCGAAGUUCCAAUGAGUGACAAGAUGCGCGAAAUCCAGAAUGCAGUUCUCGAAUGUGUGGAAGUCUGCAUUGGGGAGCUGAAGAAGGCCAACGCGGGUCUUGACAUGGCUGAUUGGACACUCGACAGCGCCCUGCAUAGGAGCUUUGAUAUCUCAAUCAGACGUCAACUCGAUCCUAUCUGGCAUCGUGUGAGUUUCAGGACUAGACAAAUUGUCAGCGAUUUGUCUGACCUGCGAGCAAUUCUUCAUGCCUUGCUUACCUACGAUGCCGUCUCGUUCAUGAGAUAUCUCGAUACCAUUGUCACAGCCCAUUCGCCACCGCCUGGCUCGUCGAGACACAAUUAUUCACCAUGGCUAUUCCUCGAUGCAGCCCAUGUCUUGUUUCAAACGGCAAAGUCUAGGGUUUAUCAAGGCAAAAUAAGCAAUGACACUCCCUCACUGUCAACUUCAUUCCCUAAUACCUUGCAACCUGUCCUAGAGGCGCAACCAAAAUGGGAGGUUCUGGCAGAGGUGCUAGAAGAGAUUGAUACCGAUGCAUAUCUGAACCCAGUCAACGUUGACGAAUCAAAUAGUACUGUGCUAAUCAUGUGUUCCGAUCAACGCACCUGCCGACAGAUCCGCGAAUACCUCGGGACUAUGCAUGCUGGCGUGGACGCAGCGAAAGCAAAGGAUGACAACGAUCACCUCGCUGAAAACAAUGAAAGAAAAUCAUUUGGAAAUGUCAUUAUGCGCAGGAGACUGCGAGAUUAUCUGAACUGGAAGAGCUCUUUGUCCAACGUUAACAAGAAUUUGUCAUCCCGACCAGAUAAUGACGAGUCACAAGCUGGGAAGGCCUCGAAUUCACCCGGGCCGUCGAAUCAGUUAGGAAAAGCGCCUCCCAAUAAGCGACGUCGAGUACGUGGUGGAGGUGCAGUUUCCUCAGCUGCCGCACGGGUACCGAAUAGUAGUGUACAAACGGACGUCGAACCGUCCGGACAAGUGACCGAAUUACUCGAUGAAAUCCAGCCUACAGAGAUCGAGGAGGCCCAAAAGGAGGAGAUCGUGAUUGACGACCUCGAGGAUAUGGAAGAUUUUUAUGAAUUAUACGAUAUGAAUGACCUCACCGUGGUGCAUCCAUUCGACGGCGACAUGGACGAGCAUAUACUGGAGGAGAUUCGACCCCGCUAUAUUAUCAUGUAUGAACCUGACUCGGCUUUCAUCCGGCGAGUGGAAGUCUAUCGCAGCUCUCAUGUGGGAAGGAACGUACGAGUAUACUUCAUGUACUAUGGAGGCUCUGUUGAAGAACAGCGAUACCUGAGUGCUGUCAGACGCGAGAAGGACUCCUUCACCAAGCUUAUCAAAGAGAAGAGUAACAUGGCCGUCACCAUCACACAUGACAAGAGCCUUGAAGAUCCCCAGGAGCAAUUCCUCCGAACCGUGAACACUCGCAUUGCCGGAGGAGGCCGCCUGGCCGCCACAGCGACCCCUCCGCGUGUUGUCGUCGACGUGCGAGAAUUCCGAAGUGCCCUCCCAUCCCUCCUACACGGCAACAACAUGAUCAUCGCGCCCUGUCAAUUAACAGUCGGCGACUACAUCCUGACCCCGGAGAUCUGCGUCGAGCGCAAAUCCGUCCGCGACCUCAUCACGUCCCUCAAAAACGGCCGUCUCUACAACCAAGCCGAGACGAUGCUUCAGCACUACAAAAACCCGCUCCUCCUGAUCGAGUUCGACCAGAACAAGUCUUUCACCUUCGACGCCUUCGCCUCCGCAACCACCCCAGGCACCUCCUUCCUCACCGACUUCGGCUUCUCUUCGUCUGGCACUGCAACUACCUCCUUAUCAGCCAGCAGCUCCCUCGUGAACCCCUCCAGCCCCAAAUCCGCCCAACACCUCCUCGUCCUGCUCACACUGACGUUCCCCCGUCUGAGAAUCAUCUGGUCCUCGUCGCCCUACCAGACCGCCGAGAUCUUCGCCGAAUUGAAGAAGAACAGCCCCGAGCCUGACCCGCUCCGCGCGGUCCAGAUCGGCCUGGACAUGGAGAUUGCGUCAGAUCCGUUGUCUGCGUCGGGAUCUGCCGAUAUCAUGGCCGCGGCGGGCAUCGAACAUCGCACCUUUAACAUUUUGCCGCAGGACAUGCUGCGUGCUGUGCCAGGCGUGUCGCCGCAGGCCGUGGAACGGCUGAUCCUGGAGACGGGGAAUAUCACCGAGCUUGCGAACAUGGAUGUUGAGCAGCUAGAUCCGUUAGUGGGGAUUGAGGCUGCGCGGAAGAUCGUGGGUUUCUUCCGGAAGAGUGUCUUUGAUGGGGAAUGA